AUGGCACUCGCUAAGAUGCCGCAGGAACAGGACCUGCAAGUAAUCCAGGACAAUACGGCGAAUGAUGAGGAAAAUGCAGGCCGGCGGAGUGUCAAGGAAGAGGAAUUUGAUGACGCUCCCACGCGCCUCCCACAUUCCGGAACACCACGAGGGCCAAAAAGUAAACCAGGUCUCUAUGUAAUUCUUGUCACGUUGCUAGUGGCUGGCUUGAUUGCCUGCAGGACAGUGAGUAGAAGUGCAGCAAGGCACGUUGCAUCUCGCGCAGAGAACGACGGUAUACCAGGAGCGCGCGUUGAAGAGAGGCACUUGAGAGAAAACGCCAGGAGCCAGUUUAAAGAAAGCUAUAGUGAACAGAGACGAUCUUUGUCGAAAGAAAAACAAACAGGCGGAGAUGCAAAAGCUGAAGAGGAAGGUGUCCAUGUGCCUGGCGAAAUCGAGGACCUCAGAAAGUCCCGUAUACCAGAGGUUGCUAUUAUGGAGGGCAAACUGGAAAAGUCGCGAAAGCUUUUGAGCGCGGCAGAUCGCCUCGCAUUUUUAGUAACGAAGCCUCAGGCCAAAGAACUGAUAGGAGAUGCACAUGAACACGUGGAGCAGGCCCGCUUGCAGUUUACAAAUUCAGGAGACAUAAUUGCCAGCGAAGAGCAACUCCUGCUCGCAGUACAGGAUGUGCGUAAAUUGUACCUUGCCGCGAUUGCGCAAUGUGACGCUCUCGUGAACAAGGUUGAUAUGAGCGAAUUUUUCCCAAUGGCAGGCCUGGAAACUGAAGGAGAUGAGACCCCAUUGAAAGCCGGCAAACUAAACCCCGAAGACACAGUUCAAAGCAUGAUGAUCACAUUCUAUGAAAUCAAGGAUGUUUACUUCGAAAUGAUCGAACAGUUUCAGGGAGUCGGUCGAGCACCGUUGAACAGCAAGCCAUUUGAGAAUGAAGAAGAUAUCGACGUGUUGACUGACAUUUCAGAUGACCUUCUUUUCCUGUGGAAUGCAGUAGCGUCUCAACAGAACCUCGUGUGGCUUGCAAACGAGUUCAGAAAUCGCAUUUUCACCGGUCUGAAAGAGCACAUGCUAAGUGUUUCCAAAACGCUCCUCGCAUUUUCAGAAUCUCGUCUCAAGCACGCGCAAAUCACAAUUAAGCUAGCAAGGAAAGCUCACAAGCCCAAGGGAUAUGCAUCAAAAACGUACGAACUCAAAUUUGCGGAAAAGAAACUUGCGGAGGCGGAAAAUGGGCUGAAUGCGCUGCGAGAACGGAUCAAGGAACUAGAAGCAACUACAAAGUGGGAAGAUAUGUCUGAGGAUACGAAGGUUGUACUGCUGCAGGAGGCUGAACAGGCCAAGAAGCUAAUGCUUGGCUUGCAUAAACCUGUGUCGGAAGUCCCUUCAAUACCACAUGACUUGAAAUUACAGAGCGAGGAGCUAAUUUUAGAUGAAGCUGAGGGCGUUCAUAAUGCCUGCCUUGCGGAGAGUCAUGCUGUGCGUGAGCUGUUGAAGGAUGCGAAGGCGAGGCUUGAAGCAUGGCUAGAGGGUGCUUACAGUGAAGGGAUGGACGACACAAUCCAGCUCAGUGAAGACGUUUACUCUGAGCUGUUAUCCAAAAUCAAGCAAAUACGCGAGCAAGCGAAGCAGGAGGUGACGGCAGCCGCGCAGUCGCUCCUGCAAGCGAAGGAAGCGCUGGGCGCAGCAGGUGCUGCUGACCCUCUCAAAACACAGACGGAACGUUUGGUCAAUUUAAUAAGUAUACGGGAGAAGGCACGCCAACUUGCGCUCGAAAGCGAACGAUUAGAGCUGUCUGAGCUAGAAUUUGCUUCGCUGCAACGCGUAGCUACUGACGCCAAAAUCUACAGAUUCCGUGAUUCAUCUGCAGCCAAGGAACACAUAAUUACCGACACGAAGGAAUACGAAGAAGCGAAACGGGCCGUUGUGCAGUCUGAAACUGUAGUAGAAAUGCAGGCAGCAAUGAACAGGCUGAGACGGUCAGUGGCGGCAAUGACCCGGAACAUCGCAAAUGACAGAAUGAGGAAGGAAUCCUAG